UAAAUUAUAUUUAUUUACUUGACUAUAUUUUCGUUGAAUAACUGUUAGGAUACGAUUUGUUUGGGUUUUUUUUAUUGACAUUAUGCAUGUUACUUUUCGUUAUAUUAUUUAUGGAAUACAUUAUAUUAUCCAAAUCAAAGUAUUAAUUUAACAAUAACUAUCAUAUUUGUGGUCUGCAUCAUCAUAACAUCUGGUUGAAGCAAAAUUGGACUUAGAAGUUUCAGCGUGAUGGCUGAAGUUAUAGAAUUAAUGCCUGGUUCGACGGAUACAGACUGGAUUACCAAAUCGGAAUCGGAAUCUGAAGAUGAGGGUCGUCGGAAAACAAAGAACUUGGAAAUUCAAGGCCAUAAAAGUGUUGGUGGGAGGAUGUUACAUUGUACAACCUUCUAUGGUUACAAAAUUACAGAUUUAAAAAGACAGUAUAUUGAAGGCGAUUGUGGUAUGUGUAUAGUUGAGUUCGGAGAUGGAUUCGCACAGAAAAAGAUUGAGGUGAUCUGUUGGGAAUCGUUGCGGUUUGGAAAUAAACGAAAGUUACAUAAACCGUUGACGUGUCUCAUAUUUGCUAAUCGAGAAGUAGAUGACAGAUUGAAACUAAUGGAAGAAGUCAUAUCUUUUGCAUCAAUGUGUGAGGAAAACAAACAAACAUAA